GAGAUUAAAGACGUAAUUACUCAGCCUCCCGCGACCAAUAAAUAUGAAGCAGUGAAACAGGCGCUCAUACAGCGAAUGUCUAUCUCCCAAGAACAGCGCACACGACAGCUCUUAAAGUUAGAGGAGCUAGGGGAUCGCAAACCAUCGCAAUUUUUGCGACAUCUCCGUACCCUGGCCGGAAGUAAUGUUCCAGAUUCUCUCUUACGCACGCUCUGGCUUGGAAGACUUCCACAACAAGCCCAGAUGAUUCUAGCCACCAGGCCCGACGACUGUCUUAACGACAUAGUGCAAGCCGAUCGCAUUCACGAGAUGACAAGCAAGGCAGUGGUAGCUUCUACGUCCACACCUGCAGCAACCUCACUCGAAGCAAAAGUAGAGGCUCUGACAAAACAAGUUGCUUCUCUCGCCAUGCAUCUUUCCCGAGACAAGACACGGGAUAAGAAAUACGAAGGAAAACGAAGCUGA